AUGUCAACAUAUUAACAAAAAAGAAGAGUAUUUGUAGUCGGAGUUGGAAUGACUAAAUUCAUCAAACCAGGUAAUCCCCAUAAUCCUGACUAUCCCCAAAUGGCUAAAUAAGCCAUAAACCGUGCUUUAAGUGACGCAAAUAUAAAUUUUAACAAAAUUCAAUCUGCUACUAUUGGCUACGUUUAUGGAGAUUCAACAUGCGGUCAAAAAGCCCUAUAUGAAGUUGGUAUGACUGGAAUUCCCAUUUAUAAUGUAAAUAAUAAUUGCGCUACAGGUUCAACUGCAAUUUAUUUAGCUUAUUAAUUUAUACAAGGAGGUGCUUAAGAUUGCUGUUUAGCCUUAGGAUUUGAAAAAAUGGAAAAGGGAUCACUUACUUUAAAAUAUAAAGAUAGGGAAUAACCUUUAGGAAAGUUUUUGUAAAAAACAAGUGAAUGGGCAACUAUGACCGAAAUGCCUUUUGCUGCUUAAAUUUUCGGAAACGCAGGAAGAGAACAUAUGCAAAAAUAUGGAACAAAAUUGGAACAUUUUGCCAAAAUAGCAUAUAAAAAUCACUUGCAUAGUGUAAAUAAUCCCUAUAGUUAAUUCAGAGAUAAAUAUACACUAGAAGAAAUAAUGAAAUCGCCCAAAAUACAUGAUCCUUUGACCAAAUUAUAAUGUUGUCCGACUUCAGAUGGCGCCGCCGCGGCAAUUAUAGUUUCCGAAUAAUUCAUUUUGGAAAAUAAUUUACAAGAUUAGGCUGUAGAAAUCUUAUCUAUGACUAUGACUACAGAUAAUCCGAAUACUUUUUCAGACAAAUCCUUCAUUAAUUUAGCUGGAUUUGAUAUGUCAAAAAGAGCAGCAUAAAAAGUUUAUCAAGAAUCCGGAAUAAAACCUGAAUAAUUAUAAGUAGUAGAAUUACACGAUUGUUUUAGUGCUAAUGAAUUAGUCACAUAUGAAGCUUUAGGACUUUGCCCAGAAGGAAAAGCUGCUGAAUUCAUUGAUAAAGGCGAUAAUACAUAUGGAGGAAGAGUUGUUAUUAAUCCUUCAGGUGGUUUAAUUUCUAAAGGACAUCCUUUAGGAGCUACUGGAUUGGCUUAAUGUGCUGAGUUAUGUUGGUAAUUGAGAGGAAUGGCGGAAAAUAGAUAAGUUAAAGGCGCUUAAGUUGCUCUUUAGCACAAUUUAGGAUUAGGAGGAGCAUGUAUAGUGGGAAUAUAUAAGAAAUAUAAUUAAAAUAAGGGAUGGGUGAGAGAUUAAUAGACUGCUAAUCCAGAAUUGUUGGAAAAAAUGGAAAGUCAAGUAGUUCCUAAAUUAUGA